UUUCACCAUAGACAAAUAAAGAUUUCUCUAUGACUUUCACUUUGGUUUGGAAACUAGUAAAACGACAAAUUUACUGUAAAGUUGGCUUUGACAACGUUAAAUCAAAUAAUGAAACCAGCAUUGAAAAUUUCUCAGUCACUCAUUGAUAAACUUUCUAGGAUAAAUGACCCAACAUAUGCCAAAUUGUAUGGGGUAUUCUUCAAUAACACAACUAUUCUUUUAGCAGUUCAAGUAGCUACUAAGCGUGACAAUACACUUAAUUUCUGCUUGCCAACAGACUUUGAUUUAUAUGGACUUGUGAACAUUAAUAAUGGUGAAAUAAAUCAAAAUGAAGUAAUUAAGAAAUUGCAAAAUGAUAUAGAUAUAACUGAUAAUCCAAUAUUUCUAAGUUGCCAAAAUGGUGAUUCAAAUAAAAUCACUUCCUAUGUCUUGAUUAAUGAAGUAUUGCAAAAUAGACCCUUUACAAUAAUAACAGAACAUGAAAUUUAUGAGCAUUUAAUGUAUGUUCGCUUAACUGGAACUUUUUCUCUAAGAUGUAAUGCAGAAAUAUCGAGUUUUGAAGAGGCAAUUUUGGAAUUGAAAAAUGCUGCUACUUCUGGAAAAUUGGCUUUUAAUAUCCCAAAUACUCCAAUUUAUUUACUUGGAAACGAGUCUUAUGGCAAUGCAACCAACUCUAAUGGUGAAAUUAUCAUAGAUGAUAUCUGUAAAAACUGUAAUGAUGAUUGGGGGAAAAAAAAUGAAAACUAUAAUUUACCUCAUAUUAUAGAUAUGGUUAUAAUGAAAAAAGUUUCAAAGGAUAAUACAGGGGUUGGAAAUAAGAAUCAACAUGCACCAAUAUGUUUUGUAACUAAAAAACUGAAAAAAGCUGCUUUUAUUCCUGUAAAAAUUGAUGUAUUAUCUCUUAUCAGCAAACAGACCAACUUAAGUAAAUUAUAUGCUAUACUGGUUGAAAGUAUAUCCAAGUAUUUAAAUGCAUACCACUUUACUCUUUCCAAAUAUCAGACUAAGAAAGAAACCCUUCUGUUACCUGAAUGUUUUCAUUUUUAUCCAAUGAAUUGUUGGCAUUUUAUAUCUGUUUGGAUGCCAAAAGGAGUGGAUCAAAAUGAAUUUGAAUUGAAUAGAAGGACACUUCAUGAACAGUUUCUUUUACCAAUGAAUAGGCCAUUAUUCAAAAAAGAAAAUCGAUUUUUAUUUCAUCAUUCAUUAUCUGAAGGUGGACUUCUUUUUAAUCCUCAUGAAACAUUGAGGAAAACCAAUAAUGAGGGUAAAAUAGCUCUGGUGAAAGGAAAAUAUUACUAUUAUCAUUACAAUCAGAAUAACAUGAAUGACAAUGGUUGGGGUUGUGCCUAUCGAUCCUUACAGACUUUAGCAUCUUGGUUCAAAUUACAAGGAUAUGUAGAUAGAGAAGUUCCAACUUUCGAAGAGAUACAAAAGUGUUUGGUAGAUAUUGGAGAUAAACCAACUAGUUUUAUUGGUUCAAAACAAUGGAUUGGAUCCAUGGAAGUAAAUUUUGUAUUAAAUACAUUAUUGAACGUAACUUGUAGGAUUAUAAAUGUCAGUAAUGGUCCUGAAAUGGCUUAUGAAGGUCCUCAGCUAGUUAGACAUUUUGAGGAAUAUGGUACACCUAUUAUGAUAGGUGGUGGGGACCUUGCUCAUACAAUAUUAGGGGUUGAUUAUAAUGAAAGUACAGGAAAUAUAAAAUUCUUGAUAUUGGAUCCACAUUAUGUAGGCCCUGAAGAUUUACAUAUUAUUCAAAAUAAAGGCUGGUGUGGAUGGAAAGGAUUAGAAUUUUGGAAUAAAACAUCUUACUACAAUAUGUGUGUACCUCUGACACCUUCAGGGGUUUAAUUCAUUCGCAUGAAACUGUGAUGGAAUUUCCUGUUUUUGUUUCUCGGUAAUUCUAAGUGAAUAAAAUGUAUGAAUUUUUGAAAAAUAAAUUAUUUUUAGGAUUA